AUGCUACCCAAACUCUUCGGACCUCUGCGAGAAAGAUACGCGAACCGACCUGGUGGAUACACACGUGUGUUGCGCAUGGAGCCUGUGCGAGAAGAUCAGGCACCUUCUGCAAUUCUAGAGCUGGUCGAUGGACCUAAAGACAUGCGCUUUGCGCUCACGGCCAGAACGGUCGCUCAUCUACGAGAGAAGGGACAUGCGAUCAACGACAUGACCGCGGCGAAUAUACAGAAGGUCACGAGGUACAGGCCGAAUGCCGAGCAAGAUCUGGAAAAUAUGAUAGGCAAAUUCGAGACGCUGGCUGCGGACGGCGACUAUGGCGUGGAAGAGGUGGUGAAGAAGAGGGUCUAUCCUGAUUUGCCAGAUAGUCGAUGA